AUGGCGCUGCCGAACUCUUACGCGCAAAUCCUGAACGAUCUUAAUCGCGACGUGGUGCGUUUCAGGCCGCUCGACCCCCUUCAAUUUUGCGCCAACUGGUUCAAUCAGCGACUGGAGAAUGAGCGCAAGGCUACCUUAGCUCGUGGUGCAGAUGGCACAGCAGCAGCAGGUGCUGUAGACGCUGCUUCGCCUCUUGCCUCCACUGCCGGCGGUCCAGAAGACGUGACGAUGACUUCUGCCGGUGGUCCUUUCUCAAACGCCAAUCCCUUUGGUGCUAGCUCCAGUGCUGGACCCGCAUUUUCUUUGCAGGCACCUUCGCGCGAUGGGUCCAUCGUAUCGCUUGCUCAAACCACAGCUUCGUCGGAAGAUGAUGAUACCCUUCAGCCAUUCUCUGCUCCUUCCGCAACGUACAACCUUGGUCGUCGAACCUCUGUCAGUGCCGAGUCCCUUGCGCCUCUUUCAAGCGCGGGUAAUGAGGCCCCCGCACCAAAGACAGUCAUCCCUAAGACUCCCUUGCAGCUGGAGCGCAUUCGCGCUUCUAUUAAAGGCAACUUGCUCUUCAAUUCCCUCGACUUGGAGCAAGAACAAGACGUUGUCAAUGCGAUGAAGGAAGUUCGCGUGCCUGCGCACGAAUGCAUCAUCAAACAGGGCGAUCAAGGCGACUACUUCUACAUUGUGGAGUCUGGCUCCUUUGAGAUCUACAUCAAGCCUACAGGCGCAGCGUCGAGCGCCGGUGGUUCCGACGACGAUUCUGCGAAUGGAGGUAGACGUGCCGGAGACACCCUCGAUCUGGGCGAUAAGAAGGCUGUGUGCGGGCCCUCUUCCUACUUCGGAGAGCUCGCGCUGCUCUAUGCCCAACCACGCGCUGCCAGUGUCGUGAGCACCGAGCCUUCAAUCGUCUGGGCACUAGACCGCAUCACAUUCCGCUCCAUCGUCAUCGGUGCCAACAGCCGUCGUCGAGCACUCUUCGAGUCGCACUUGAGAAAGGUCAGCUUGUUCGAAACGCUGUCCGACGCCGAGCGCGCAAAGAUUGCCGAUGCGCUCGAGCAACGCGAAGUGCCAGCAGGUACUCGGGUAAUCGAGCAGGGCGAACGUGGCACCGAGUUCUUCAUCAUCCUCGAUGGCCACGCCGAGGUUCAAAAGAGGCGCGAGCAGGAUGGUGUGGAGGAAGCAAUAGGCAAGCUUGCUGAAGGAGACUAUUUCGGGGGUGAGAUUGCAAAAGAUGAGCCUUUCUGGUGCCUGAACACAGUGUUGACCUCUUCUUGCCCCUUAUCGGUUCCGACCAGAACUCGCCCUGCUCAACAACGCACCCAGAGCCGCCUCAAUUGUCGCUUCGUCUCCCGCAUUGCGUCUGGCCACUUUGUCGGAGUCUGCUUUCAAGCGUCUUGUAGGACCUCUAGCUGGCAUCAUGGCGCGACAUGCGCAUGAUCACUACGGUGCUGGCGCGAGUCGUGCUACUCGAGGUGCGAGCCCAAGCUACAGGGCCAGCAACCCCUCUCGUGGCGGAUUGAAUGCGCCUCCGGCCGUUCCAUCAGUUGGCCCCCACGAGAGUGCUAGCUCUGGUCUUGGCGAAGGUACUUGGGUCGGUGGCAUCGGCGCCUCGCCGUUUGGUCAUUGA